ACGAGCUCUACGAACGUGCGCGUUGUAUACGUACGGUUUUGUUUCUGAACGAACGCAGCCCGCCCGCAGCCGGCAGUUUGCGAGCGCAUGCGCUGGGUGUCAGACGUGUGGACGUUGUCAAAAAUUUCAUUUUACGUUUUGACGUUCGUAGUUUCGUAAAAAUAUUCGCAGUGAUAGUGAAUUUAAUCAAUUUCUGACUACAGUUUAGCAUAACAAUAAGUUAAAAUGGAAGGAGGUAACAGGAAGACGAAUUCUCGUUUGAAUACAAUCACGAUAGACCGUGAUUCUAAGUUUAUUCUGCGAAAAAUUAUUUUGGAUUUCGCCAUUCUAUUUUGUGUUGGAUUCCUAAUCCUCGUGUUCUACCUCUGGGGUACUCCAUACAAACGAGGUUUCUUCUGCGACGAUGAAUCUCUUAAGCACCCUUACAAAGAGUCUACAGUCACCAAUGUUAUGCUGUACAUCGUUGGGCUCGGCCUUCCUGUGGUCACGAUGUGUCUCACGGAAUGGAUAAGGCUCCGCGACUAUAACAGCGGGCGCCCCCGUAAGGUGCUAGGCCGGGAGAUCCCACCCUGGGUAUGGGAAGCUUACCAAGUAAUCGGCGUGUUCCUCUUCGGAUGCGCCUGUCAGCAGCUCACCACUGAUGUGGCCAAGUACACCAUAGGAAGGUUGAGGCCGCAUUUCUUUGAUGUUUGCCAACCUAACAUUGACUGCACGUUACCAGCUAACAAAUGGCGGUAUAUCGAAGACUUCACCUGCCUCGCUACCAAUGAGAAACUGAAGAAAGAAAUGAGACUGUCCUUCCCAAGCGGGCACUCGUCAUUCUCUGCAUAUACCAUGCUGUAUUUCUCCUUCGCCUUCGUGUCGAAUCUCCGCAAAAGUCCACGUUCACGGCAGCACAACCACGAGGCUGAGCUUCGAGUCACCAACGGGAACACGAGGGUGACAGUCUGACAGUCAUCCCCCACCAGCUCUCGAUGUGAAAGUGAUGCAGAAGAACUAUGAUACGAACCACCAACUGUCUCGUGGAUCUCCCAUGAGUACAUCGACGCCUGUCGGCAGUCGCAAGAGUGAAAUGUGCACAAACAAAAAAUCGUGAGUGCUUACGAUAUUGACGUUUCAAAUUUGAACCUUAUGUCUUUUCGACUAGUGUUAGAUUGCAUUAUCAGGCUGCUGAGACUUAAGUCUGUAUUAAAAUGUGUUUCAGUGACAUUUUAAAGUAAAUUGAACCUUAUGUCUUUUCGACUAGUGGUAGAUUGCAUUAUC